UUUUCUUGAGCAGUUCACAAACAUAAACAUGAGCUCUAGUAAAAGUUGUUCUCUUUUGAUUCUCUUCUCUAUGCUACUUUUGUUGAUCUUUGAUUCAGCUGCUCUCACUUCUUUGGAAUAUUGUAAAAACUACUGUGGAGAAAUCGAGAUCCCGUACCCAUUUGGAAUCGAAAAGGGUUGCUACCUCGACAAAGGCUACGAGAUUGAAUGCAAAACUGUUUCCGGAGAGGAGAUUCCAUUCCUUUCUGUUAGCAGCAAAGAGGUUGUAGAAAUCUCUCUCCCUAGACAAUAUUAUGAUAUGUCCGUGUCACAUGCGUCACUUCACAUCAAAAGCCCUGUUACUUCCAGCAAUAAACAAGCAUUUGGAUUGCUUUUGAAUUCGACCGGCCAGCGAAAUUCGCAGUGGUUACAUGCUAAACAGUAUGCUUCCUUAGAGGUUGAAUGGUCCUUCCGAACUACGAAUGCUUCACUCAUUACCUCCUUAGGCUGCAGCCAGAAUAAGUUACAGUACACUGGCGAAGUUUUAUCCUCUCAAAAUACAAGCUGCACAUGCCACAAUAAAACUGACUUUGGUAUCAUUUAUGCAAGUUGUUGGUGCACAGAGGGUUAUAGAGGUAAUCCCUACCUCUUGGAUGGAUGCAAAGAUAUCAACGAAUGCAAAGAGUACAAUAGUGAAGGGGAUCCUAUAUACUGUGGGGGAUACCCUUGUGAGAAUUCCAAAGGAGGCCAUCGUUGCCACUACUAUCGUUUUGGUCUAGCUUCGCUUAAUAUAUUCGGGGUACUCCUUAUUGUUGUAGGCGUGUUGAUGUUACUUGGAGGAUGUGUGUGGUUAUACAUGUUUAUUAGAAGGCGAAAGCGCAUCAAUCGCAAAAAGAAUUUCUUCAGACGUAAUGGAGGUCUAUUGUUGCAACAACAGCUAACCUCAACGGAAGACACCGUGGAGAGGACAAAAGUAUUUACUUCGAGGGAGCUGGAGAAAGCUACCGAAAACUUCAGUGAAAACAGAGUUCUUGGACAAGGUGGUCAAGGUACAGUGUACAAGGGUAUGUUAGUCGAUGGUAGCAUUGUGGCAGUAAAAAAAUCUACAGUCGUGGACGAAGACAAGUUAGGAGAAUUCAUAAACGAGGUCGUCAUUCUUUCGCAUAUCAACCACAGAAACAUCGUGAAGCUCUUAGGAUGUUGCCUUGAGACGGAAGUGCCUCUUCUAGUGUACGAGUUUAUUUCCAAUGGGAAUCUUUUCGAGCAUCUCCAUGACGAAUCAUCUGAUUACACGAUGGCCACUUGGGAAGUGCGUUUGCGUAUGGCUAUAGAGAUUGCAGGAGCUCUUUCAUACCUACACUCAGCCGCAUCGGCUCCCAUUUAUCACAGAGACAUCAAAUCUACAAACAUAAUGUUGGACGAGAAAUAUCGAGUUAAGGUGUCCGAUUUUGGUACUUCAAGAACCGUAACUGAGGAUCAUACCCAUCUUACAACACUUGUUUCAGGUACUGCGGGAUAUCUAGAUCCCAAAUAUUUUCAGUCAAGUCAAUUCACUGAUAAGAGUGAUGUCUACAGCUUCGGAGUUGUGUUGGUGGAGCUCAUCACAGGAGAAAAACCAAUUUCUUUCACCCGACCUCAAGAAAACAGAACACUGGCAACUUAUUUCAAUAUUUCAGUGAAGGAAAACAAAGUCGUAGAUAUCAUCGAUGCCCGAAUAAGAGAUGACUGCAAGCUGGAGCAAGUCAUGGCGGUAGCACAAGUUGCAAGAAGGUGUCUGAAUCUGAAGAGGAAAAAACGACCAAGCAUGAGGCAAGUGUCUAUGGAAUUGGAAAUGAUUCGUUCGUCUCCUCGAGACAUGCAACCACUUGUGUAUGUUAGUGAAAACGAGGAAGAUCAGAAAGAGGAAGAAGCCUUGGAAUUGAAAAUACGGGUAGCAUCAGGGAAAAACGUGAAUUUUACCGCACCAGCGUCGCAACACAACGUUGCUGCAUCAUCUUCAUCGUGGUCAGAUGUUGAACCAUUGUUUUCUUGUCAGACACGUAAAACCCCAACCUCGCAGAUGACUGUAUAGUCUCUGCUUUUACGUUCAGUUGUUUUUUGUUUGUUAUAAUUAUUUCUAUAAAUGUUGUCAGG